GAAGCAGUAGCCAUCAAAUUUCUAUUUCAUACUUUUUGUGGUUUGUUCUGUCGAAGUGGCGAGAAGUCGGAAAUUUCUUUAUUCAUCCCAUCCACACAAUAAUUACAGAACCACAGAGAUUUUCUGUUUAAGUUCGUUAGUGAAACCGCCAUUUUUUUAGUUCGACUAAAUUUUUCUUUCCAUAAUAAUUGAAAAAAUCGGAAAUGUUGCAGAAUAUAUGAAUUAACAAAAGUUUCCUGGUAAAACAUUCUAAUUACUUUUGUAAUAGAUGUUGACCGCAUUCACGAAAUUGGUUGUUUUCUCGUCGCGGAGCUAAAAAAAAAACACUUGCAGUUCUACAGAAGCUUCUUUUUUUUUAAUUUCAUCUACACAUCGCGCAGCCAUUUCUAUAAGAAAAGAACGAGAGAAUUCACAUAUAUAGAAGACAAUUUUUAUAUGCAAUAUCGUAUCAGGAAGAAUCUUAGCAACAAUAUGUAAAGUGAAUUAAAGCUAUGUAAAAGCAAAAUUUUAGAAAUUAAUUUUUUUUUGUCCGACUACAUCGUGAGUUUUUUCAUCAAGCAUAUUAAUUCUGCAGCAAAGAAAAAGAUCUAUGUACAUAAAUAUAGAACCAAGAAAAUAACAUCGAAACAGAAAUCCCAAACAAGUAACAACAAACAAAAAAUAAAUAGGUGUAUUAAGUUAUUCGUAUAAUAAUAAAGAAGUUUAUUGUAUAGGAGAAAACCACAGCUAAAAAAAUGGUUUCAACGCGCCAAAUGAGUACAAGUUUAUCGGGUAACAGUAGUGGUGCCAGUACCAACAGUGGAGAAGUGGAAUCAAUGCAGAGAUUCUCUGUUAUAACCAGACAGGCCGCUUCUAGUAGUAAUGUAAUGAUAACUGCACCAAGUGGAAGCGCAAUCGCUUCUAUGGCAAGAGCUCCAACUAGUGCAUUUACACAUACAAGCUUCCAACAACAACAGCAGAUACAAUCACAAUCAUCGACUUCAACUGUAAUGGCUUCUGGCAGAUCAUCUAGUGCUUCUAUAACACCACAGAGCGUUUUUCUGUUAGACAUGCCGAUGGAGAUUUUAGACAAAAUAUUCUCAUAUGUAACCUAUAAAAAGGUCGGCCAAUUGCGAGUGGUUUCUCACAAAAUGAACGAUAUAUGUAUGGCUAUACUGAAUUCGACAUUUUCAAAAUUAAUAAAUCAAAUGGUUAAUCGUUUCCAAAAUAUCAAAGCCAAGAUGCCACGCCGUGAAUCUGCUCGCAGAAAUCAUCCCCUUGCAUGUGAGUGCGAUAUUAUCGAGACCUGUUACAUGAGGUUAUCUCUUUUACAAAUGACUUUCGGUAAACAUAUCGAACGAAAGCAUUGUUGCUUUUUCCCAGGAGGAAUUUUAGAUGAAGUUUACAAUGUCUUGAGUUAUAUUCGAAACACAUCGAGGCUGGAAAAACCUUAUCGUGUAACUGAUGAAUUAUUUGAUCUUUCUACAAUGGCCAUGGAGUACUUCAAGGACCACAUUGAACCAAAUCUUCCCGACAUUGCUUAUUUUAAUAAGGACUUUUUUAAUUUGCCAAGCACCAAGAGACCAAGUAGCAGUUCGUUGAAGGUAUCAUCAGAAUUGUCGGAUAGCUCAUCAAAUUUGCCCUCACCUCCGCAGAGUAAUAUGGUUUUACGAAAAGGAAUUCGUAAAAUAAAACAAGGAAUGAAGAUGUACAAUAACCAAUUGUCGAUGUUGCGUAGCGAGUUACGAAAUUGCAAAAGAAAAUCUUCGGAACAGGGAAAACAAAUUGCUGAACAACAAAAACUUUUGGCUGAGCAACAAAAACAAGCAUUGGAAUAUGCAAAUCGCUUGGAUGAAAAUGAUAAAAAGAACGAAGAAAUGUCCAGAAAGUUUUCUACUUUGUUACAGGAACUCAACAAAUGUAAAACCGAACUUCAGUACUGGCGUUCCAAGAGUCCUGCCACGCCAAUGUGUACGUCUUGUGGUCAGAAAAUGACACCAAUCGUCCCACCUGAAGAUUACCAGGCUUUGGUUAAUCAAGGUGUGAAACCUGAAGAUAUCAAUUUGGACGAAACAGACGAGAGUGACACAAGUAGCAAUAAUUUGUCAUUGAGUACCGAAUUUGCUUUUCCCGAUGAAUCGACCACCGCCAAGUUGAUUGCCGUUAAUACGGCAUCAAAGAAUUUGAAACGUCACCAUAGUAAUUAUAGUAGCAGUAGCAGCAGCAGCACCUGUAUCAAUAAUACAACCAAUGCUAAUUCUCAUGACAACCAGUUACAAUGCAAUAUUACCAACUUGGGAUCUACAAAUGGCGACCUUUUGGCGGAAACUGACAAUGCAAUUGUCAAACGGAACACAGUACUUGCGUCCACAUCGUCCAACAAUAUAAAUGAUCUCAAUUUAGAUAUGCUGCGAAAUGGCGCUAAAGCUGAAACUAGCAGCAGUGGGUGGUUUGCAACAGCAGGAGGAACUGCUAGCAGUAACGUUGGAAUAACAGGAUAUCCAGCAAGUAUGUUUUAUGGAUCAAGUGACAAGGCUGGAACAUCGUCAGGAAAUCCAGGCAUAAUAGUGGGAUUAUCGCCACCGUAUGAAAGCAGCAUCGGUGUUUCCGAGGAUGGUGGACCCAACCAACAAGCAGCAGCAAUAAUCGCUGCAGAUGUAACAUCUCUAAGUAUGCUGGCGAGUAAUGAAACAAAGAAAGCACGAAGAGUACAAAAAGGCAGUAGGUGUCAUAGUUUAAGUAAUAGCAAGCGCAAAUAAAUACGUUAAAAUAAUUCUAGAGAGUGUGUAUACAAACAAAACAAGAAAACAUUUUUAUUUUCAAAUCAUUACACAAAACAAUUUAAUUGAAGGAAAGUAAAGAAAUUUAAUUUUUAAGAAGAGUGUGCCCUGGAGCAGAGGACAAAAUUGUUGAUUACGUAGAAUUUUUUUUAUUUUUUUCUAGCACAUACAAUUUAUCAAAAUUGAUUUUUGAUAUCAUAAAAUAAUAAUGAAGUAAAGAGAGUAAGUAUUAUAUUAUGCUCUACACAUAAAUGAAGCGAUAAGUGAUUUGUAUCUCAAUGUCCAAACAAAUCAUAUUAUAUUUUUUUUUAAUUAUUUGUUCUUUUCUUUUAAGUAAAUGAAGAUAUAAAUUUAUGUUAUCUUAGCAAUAGUACUUAAACAAAGAAAUAAAAAUAAAUAUUAAAACAAACAAAUGAACAACAAUGUGGUAUAAUGAACACAACAAUUUCAUUGAAUCACUUGAUAAAUUUCACAUAUCUGUCUUCUACUUUAUCUUUCCUUCAUGAAUAAAAUGUGGAUACAUAAGUAAAAUAAUAAAAUAUAUAAGAAAUUUACGAUUUUGUAAUUUUUUUCUUUCUUUUGAUUAUGAUUUUUUUCUUUUGUUUAUUUGGGUUUUAACCAUGCAACUUGUUCAAUGUUAUUAAUUUUUUUUUGUGAUGAAUAUUUAUAAACAAUAAAAAUAUUGAACACACAUAGCGCUGAGAUAUAUGUACAUAUCGCUGUUGAAACCUGGAAAGUGCGUUACUCAAUUUUGAAACAUUUUACAGGACAACAUAAAAACUAUUUUUAUGGUAUAAAUAUUACAUGAAAUAUAAAGAUUAACAACAUCUUAAAGAACAUAUUUAAAAAUAGGAGACAGCUAAAAUUGAGCGACCCAAAUAUCAAUUUGAGACACACUGGGUUUAUCCACUUUUCAGAUUUUAAAGAUCGUAUGUACUUCCCUUUUUGCUGAGACAAGAAUUUUGUUAAUUUAAAUGUUAGCUCUCGGAUGUAAUUUCAUAGUUCAAUUUGAGCCGUGGAUCCAUUAAAAUAAAUCAUUUAAAUUUUCCCAAAAUCUAUUCAAUUUCAAAGAGUGGAAAUUUAUUUUUGUUUUCUUCAUUAAGUUUUUCAAAAAUCGAAAAAAUUGUUUUCUUGUAACAUUUUCAUAUUGGAUUCUUUUCAUAGUCUCAUUACAUUACGAAAUAAAAAAAAUUGAAAUAUAAUUGAAUAUUGAAAUAUUGAAUCACAGCAGAAAAUCUAAUAUCUUUAUUUUGCAUAUAUUAUUAACUCUCUUUUAAAAAUGUAACAAAUUUCAUUGCUCUCUAAAACACAAUCACAAUUGAAUAAAAUAACUUGUUUUCAUUAUCAUCCAGUAGACACACGACUUUUAUGUUCUUACUCGUAUUAGAAUAAAAUUAAUUAAAAUUAAAAAAUAAAUACUAAAUGUAUGUAUAUAUUUUUAUAACAACAAAAAAUAAAAAAGAAGAAAAGCAAAGUUAAUAUAUCAUAGAUUUUAUGUAAAAAUUAAAAAAAAAAGUAUUUUUGACAACACAAAAAAAAUCCUCUUAUGUUUUAUUAGUUUAGUUAGUGUAACAUAACAGCAUAAUAUGUGUGUUUGGGUGCACUAAAGAGUUAUCUUUAAACAAAAAGAAAAUAAAUAAUACAAAAAUAUUUUGUAAAAUAAUUAUUUUAAUAUAAUUCGUGUCAGAAAAGAAAAGCUAAAAAUCAUUAUAAGAAAAAUAAAAAAAAUAACAACAAACAUCACACAGUGCUGCACACUUUUCUUUGUAUUUAAACAAAAAUGUUUAUUAUAUUUAGAACCUACAGUUUUUUCAUCAUAUCCCCUAUAAAAAAAAUAUAUUUUAAAACAAUAUUAUAAAACAAGAUCAACAGUAAUAGAGAAUUUAGAAUUUUCUUAAUAGAAAGCUGGCAAGGCUGUGCAAUAAAGCAAACAAAAAUAACAAUAAAACAUACAUUUCAUUCAGCAUAAAGAA